AAUUAGCCAACCAACCGGUCAUACCUGUUUGAAAGACCUUAUUCUUCACAGUAUGUGUUGUUGCAGGUUUCCUCAGUAUAUUUAAAUAGUUUUAAUAUCAUAAACUGUAUGACAGCACAACAUUUCCAUUAUAUUUAAUUUAUCCACUUUACAAUCACGCACACAAACAGCUAAAACAAACAUAAAAACACAAUUAGUCUAGGCGCAAUUAAUUUAGGCGCGUAGUACUGAAUGCAAGGUAAAUAAGGGGAAUAUUUUCUAUGCUCUCAAGGCUUUAAAAGUUUUUUUUAGACUAUAUUAAUAUGGCUCGAGUUCACAAGUUAAACGAUGAAUUGGAAGCUUCAGAAGUAAAAAAAAAAAAAGAAAAAAAGGGAAAAAAAAGAUCCUAGUCUCCACGUCUGAAUGAAGAGGUCCACACCCCUGACGCUACAGGUUUCCAUUCAGUGGGCGGUGGGAAAUCCAAACACUACUUCUUCAGUCCGUUUGAAACACUCGAGUAGAAAGAUGUUGUCUUUUGUAAAGUUUCCCAAAGGAGAUAUACUGAUCCCACCUGAAGAAUGAAUGUCCGAAUCUGACCUCAUAAGCGGAAUAACUACUGAUUCUAGAAGAAACGUCUAGCAGUACUUUUGUCGGUACGGCUUUGUUUGGCCCUCUGCAGAUCCCUGACACUUUCCAGCUCCCCUGAAGAGUAAUUUGACAUUUGGGAAGUACACACAUACAUUGUAUACAAGCCAUGACUGAACAGGGUUUCUCCGCUUCCACUCUACUAAAGCGCUAUCGCCUGGCCAUGACGGACUCAAACUCUAUCUCCUCACCUUCCGGGACUGCUGCUCAGGACUCGUCAGAGGGUAAGGACCUUUUGGCAGAUGGGGAUCCCAACUUCCCCAUGUCUUCACUGGCAGAACUACUGGACAAUGAUGAUGGAUCACAGCCAACCCAAGAUUCGCCCCAGGAUUCAGCACGACCUGGACAACAGACUGACAACAAGCAGAACAUGCGGAUAAGGUUCCCAGGGGCCUUUAAAAAGGGAGUUCCUAACCCCAUGGACCUUCUUGAGUCCACAAUGUCUGAAUAUCCAGUGGCACCUGGGCCUAAGAAAGCACCUAUGGAUUCCCUGUUUGACUAUGGCACAUGUAGGGAGAUCAACAACCAGAAAAAACGCAGGAAGAAGCUUCCACGGGGGAAGGCUGAGAUUGAGAUGUCAUGUGAUGAGGGAUCCCCAGAGCCCCCUGUUCUUAAAGUCUUCAACCGCUGGCUGUUGUUUGAAGCUGUAUCUCGAGCAGAUCCAAGAGCUCUGGAUGGUCUCCUGCAGUAUCUUCAGUCAAAUGAAAAGAGGCUGACAGAUGAGGAGUUCAAAGAACCUUCUACAGGGAAGACAUGUCUACCAAAAGCACUACUGAACCUGCAAAAUGGUCACAAUGACACGAUCCCUGUGUUGGUGGACAUUGCUGAACAGACUGGAAACCUCAGAGAGUUCAUCAACACGCCCUUCAGAGAUGUGUAUUAUAGGGGUCAGAUGGCACUGCAUAUCGCCAUAGAGCGACGAUGCAAGCAGUAUGUGGAGCUUCUGGUGGAGAAGGGGGCUGAUGUUCACGCCCAGGCCAGGGGCAGAUUCUUCCAGCCCAGAGAAGAGGGUGGAUACUUCUACUUUGGUGAGCUGCCUCUCUCACUCGCAGCUUGUACCAAUCAACCAGACAUGGUGCGUUACCUGACCGAGAAUAGCCAUAAGACGGCAGAUAUGCGGAGGCAGGACUCAAGGGGAAACACAGUCCUGCACGCCCUGGUCCACAUCGCUGACAACACUCGGGACAACACACGCUUCGUCACUAAGAUGUACGACUUGCUGCUCAUUAAAUGUGCCAAACUCUACCCAGACUGCAACCUGGAGAAUGUGCUCAACAACGAUGGCAUGUCCCCUCUCAUGAUGGCCGCCAAGCUGGGAAAAAUUGGGGUGUUCCAGCACAUCAUCCGGAGAGAGAUCAAAGAUGAGGAGGCUCGACAUUUCUCCCGGAAAUUUAAGGAUUGGGCUUAUGGACCUGUCUACUCCAACCUGUAUGAUCUGUCUUCCCUGGAUACCUGCGGAGAGGAAGUCUCUGUUCUGGAGAUACUCGUCUAUAACAGCAAGAUUGAGAAUCGCCAUGAGAUGUUGGCGGUGGAACCGAUAAAUGAGCUGCUAAGGGCCAAGUGGCAGAAGUUUGCUGCUGUGACCUUCUAUAUUAGUGUGUUUUCCUACCUUGUCACCAUGAUCAUCUUCACUCUUGUGGCCUACUAUCGCCCAUCAGUGGGAAAACCCCCUUACGCCUACGAUACUACUGCAGACAAGGUGCGUUUGGCAGGAGAGAUCAUAACAGUGGCUUCUGGAGUCUUUUUCUUCGUAACAAAUAUUAAGGACCUUUUCCUGAAGAAGUGCCCGGGGGUGAAUUCUUUAUUUAUUGAUGGAUCCUUUCAACUUCUCUACUUCAUCUACUCCGUGUUGGUGCUGGUGAGUGCGGCGCUGUACCUGUCAGGGAUUGAAGCCUACGUGUCUGUGAUGGUGUUUGCUCUAGCACUAGGUUGGAUGAACACCCUCUAUUUUACCAGAGGCCUUAAACUCACUGGAACUUACAGUAUCAUGAUUCAGAAGAUUCUCAUCAAGGAUUUGUUCCGGUUCCUGCUGGUCUAUGUGCUCUUCAUGAUCGGCUAUGCAUCAGCGUUAGUCUCACUUCUGACAAUCUGCCCUGAUGAGGAGACAUGUAAGAAUAACUGCACCAAAUACCCAGAAUGCCGAGAUACAAACACCUUCAGCGAAUUCCUGUUGGACCUGUUUAAGCUGACCAUAGGUAUUGGAGAGCUGGACGACAUGCUAAAAGGCGCACAGUACCCCGCUGUCUUCCUCAUUCUGCUGGUCACCUACAUAAUUCUCACCUUCGUCCUGUUACUCAACAUGUUAAUCGCUUUGAUGGGGGAGACAGUGGGACAGGUGUCCAAAGAGAGCAAGAAGAUCUGGAAACUGCAGUGGGCCACUACUAUCCUGGACAUUGAACGGUCCUUCCCAGUGUGUCUGCGGAGGUCUUUCCGGGUUGGAGAGAUGGUUACUGUUGGCAAGGGCUUGGAUGGAUCACCAGACAAACGCUGGUGCUUCAGGGUGGACGAGGUCAAGUGGUCCCAUUGGAAUCAAAAUCUGGGGAUCAUAAAUGAGGAUCCAGGCCAGAAAGACCAUUACGAACAAACACAGGGUGGACGGGGCCUUCGAAGAGAUCGCUGGUCCACGGUCGUCCCAAGAGUGGUUGAACUGAACCGGGGCUCCAGAGAUCAUACCGUAGAGAUGGAGCCUCUCACAGGCAGACACAGACAUAAGUCUGAAAGUUAAAGAUGAACGCUAAGGACUUCAAAGGGCCACAAUCCAUUGAAAUUUUUUUUACUGGCCAGACAAUUAUGUAUUUUAUUAAAGCUGACAUUAGUUCUAUAGUUUUUAAUCCCUAAUGGAAGAACAGCUCUAUAUAUUAUGAGUUUUGAAAAUAGUGUUUUUUGUUUUGUUUUUCAAUGAUGAUGAUCGUAUUUUACAUGUAUAUGUGGACCCAUGAGACACUCAGGAACACUUUUGAUUUGUAGGUCAUUUCAUAUUGUGGCAAGAGAGAUAUGUUAAAAGAUAGUUAUUAAUAUAAUAGUGUUUUUCAUGGUGUGUGCAAUAGAUUCUCUAAACAGUUUAAUUUUAUAAACAAAACAUUUUUUUUUUUUAAUUAUUAUUAUUAUUUUUUUUAUAUUUUGAUCCAGAAAAACCGACAACACUCCACAGUGUCUUGGAUGUCUUUGUUGGUUCCUGCCGACAUUUUUGUUUUGUUUUUUGUCGUGGAUUAUAUGGAAAAGGUUAUAUUUUAAUCAAUAAGAUUACCUCAGUGUUAAAUGUGCCUUGUGAUAAAGUACGGUCUUUUUAAUGAAAAAUCGUUGUUAUUCUUUUGUAUAUUGCCCAGCCAUAAUAGAAAGACAAAAAAAAAAAAAAAAUGCUGCUCUGAUUUGGCCUUUGGCUUUGUUUUGUAAUAAAGGUCAGGCAGAAAACAGAUGUGGCACCCACACCAGGAGUGUGCACAAUGCCAGACAGCAGCAGUUUGCUAUUUUCACCUCAGUAUGCUGGCAAUGGUGUGACUUAAUUGGUGUGAUACUGGUAAUGAUUUAAAAUGACCAGUUCAGUUUAGAGGUUUCUUAUUUCACUGAUAAGUCAGAAAGGUGAACCCAUGCCAAGAGACAAAAUGGCAAAUUUUGUAGAGGACCUUUAUGGUCUGUUUUGUUGGCAUGUAUUUUUUGAUGUAUUGUGUAUAUGUAUGUUUUUAAGUCUUUACAGAAAACAAAAGGCAUUGUCUGUAUGUUGUAGUUUAAUGAUAAAUAAUGUUUCUUUUCUUUUUCUUUUCUUUUUUUUU